CCGCGCGGACGUGCCGCCGGGCUCCGCGGGCGAGCGGCCGCCGACGGGCGAGCGGGACCGGAGCCUCCGCCCGCCGCCGGCUCGUGCCGCGUUCCGGAGCCGCGCGGACCCCGCGGUGCGGUCCGCAGCCUCGGGCUUCGGGACCGGGCGCGCCGAGCUGGCCCGAAGGCCGAGAGACCCGGGCAGAGAAAGUCGGCGAAAAGUAGUGGUGUGACUGCACAUGAAAUGUUUGCGUCUGCGUGCGUUGUGGAAAAUAUGAUUCGUUUUAUGCUCGAACGUUAUGGGUCCUGUGAGAUGGACUCUUAAGACUCUCUUAAAAUGUGGGCUCCUGAAAAUUUCCUCGAUCUGGACGACUGAUGGUGCAACUUUGGCUGUUCCGUCUCAGCAUCAAACUUUAAGACGAGGGGUUGUUCCCACCUGAUUGACAACAUAGUCAUCAUUGGCUUUUGAUUGCUCUCACGUCUGAUGUGGCCUCUGUGUCAUGUCACAUCUGAAACUCCUCUGUACCUCAAACGUAGAAAGGUAUUUGCAUAGGAAUCAGAGGAGUUCAUCUUGUGAGUAAAUGCUUAACGUCUUCGCCUGUUUCCUUCCUUCCUUCUCUCUCUGCCCCGGAUUCUACAGUGCAGCCGCCCCCAGGUCACCAGCGCCUCUGCAGAGCCCACCUCCUCUGCAGCAAGGCAGAUGGCCUUUUCUUCAAAAACAAUGUGGCUCCAAUGCUAGUAGCUGAAGUGAGCCCUAUGGCACAGAUGUACACUAGUCUGAGGUUGUUAGCACCUUCUUGAGGUGCCCCACAACAUUCCGUCUCGCCCUAUGACUCACGUUUGAGGAAGUAUUCCCUUUCAUACCCAGAGCUAUCUUAACUCAGACUGCAGCCCCCACCUGCCAGCCUGGAGGGAAACUUCAUCCCAGCCAUUUUUAGGUGUCACCCCAUCCCCCAUGGGGUCUGUCCUAGAACCUGGAGAUUUCUGUGGCACCUGGGAGGUGAGGGACUGGCCUCUGGCCUUCGCUGUAUCGCAAUAGUGAUAACUCUCUGCCUCACGGCCACGAGGGAGGCUGCAAUCCUCUUGCCUCAGUGUGGCCUUCCCAAGCGCACCCGGCACAGCUGCGCUCUCAAGGCUUCUGCCCGCUGCCUUGGGGAGCAGAGCUGUGCAAAGGCCCCUUGCUGGGGCCCGACACACCUCCUCCUUCCAGGCGUGGGGGCCGGGGACGGAGGGGAGAGUGUCUGUUUCUCACCCUCCGAUCUGCCCUCUCCUCCUCCUGUCCCAGAAGUUGGGCAGAGUCUCCUUGUUGGGUUUAGAUGUUAACAGAGACAGACUGUGUCUGCCGUCAUCUGGGCUAAAAUACAAGGAAUUACAAAGUCUGCCACCUGUUUUAAAUGAGCUAGAAAGGAACACUGUUGGGAGGGCAAACAGUAAAAUUCCAGAGUUGUCCUGCUGGGUUGAUUCGGAGGCCGUAACGAAGGCAAAACAUCACCCAAACACUGGUCACUAUGGAAAUUAAGAGAAGGAGACAGAUUUGAGAGACAGUAAUCCAUACAGCUUAGUCCGUGAGAGAAUCUCUUGUGACUACAGAGCUUCUGACUUUGGAGAGGCUGGGACGUGCCGCAGGGAAGAGAGGGACCUGUUCGUAACGCGGACUCGCAGUCCCACGCUCUGGAUGCAAAUCUCACCUCGGCUGCUCACUGGUUGUGUGACCAUGGGCACAUUAAUGUCACUUCUAAGCCUCAGUUUCCCCGUAAGUAAAAUGGGGUUACUACUUCCCACUCAUAUGGUUGUUUGGGGCGUUAAGUAAAGUGGUGAAAACAGUGGCCAUGACCUGGUGAGCAUCCAGUAAAUGUCCGCUGUUAUUACAAAGAGAUACCAUUAGCUAAAUCGGUAACGCGGGAGGAGCGAGUCUGGAGGGUUAGCUCUGUGGAGCCCCUGCUUCAGAAGAGGUGACUUCCAGGCGCGCUGAGAGGGGCAGGCGCUUGGUAGCUGGAUUCCUCUAGAAUCCGAAACAAAAUUCAGGAUUGAAGAUGGAAGAUGUGGGAGUCCUAUGGCCUCAAGGAGUAGUCACAACCCUGGGCUGGGAGGGGUGCUCCAGGGAUGUGCAAGAAGUUACAGGGCCAGGGGCCAGGCCCGCACAUCUGUUCCAACUGUGAGUGACCCUGCUGCAGCGCGUCCCUCUGUGUCAUCUUUAGAAUGACUCCAUUGUUUGGAGAUGAAUAUGAAUAUCCCCUUUAGGGUCUCCACGUCAGAGGUGUCAUCUCAUGGUCCUCUGUGACCCACCUCACUGCAAUGAGAGUGAAUCGUCCACAGUCAGCUAAAUCGGGUGGGCUCCUUUCCGUCUGGAAUUACAGUCUCUAGAAAAUAAAAUAACUCUUUUGGAAGGCUCUUCAAAAGCAAACCUUGCACGCCUUCAAUCUAGAGGAGUCUUUUGCUGAAAACUGAAGCAGAAUUGACAGUGUUCGGGACUUGCCCAUCCUUCCCGCUCAAAUCAUUGGAAAUAAAAAGUCAGUCUAAAGAAUUUUCUUAAGCAAAAUCAGGAGUAGCUAGAAGUGAGCGAGCUGAAACUGGAGGGAAAUUCCUUUGUUCAGUCCAGGUUGCAGUGAAUGCCCAGCAGGCGGCUAACCCAGUUCAUUAACAGAAAAAGACAUGUUCUUAAAUGCUGUUCUCAGCAGCACAUGCCUAGAGAAACAUUGUGACAGUGAAAAUGCGUUCUAGAAAUCCUAGCUCUAGAUUGUUGAAACUUUAGUUUUUGUCAUCAAUGAAUGCAUAAAUCAUUCCCCCCAAAAUAUUUCUCCUUAUUUAAAGCAAUUAACUAUCAUGUGUUUACUGUGUGCCUGUGCCCGUUCCUAGAACAAUGCAGUUUUUCUUGCUACUCUGGAACUCAGAAACGUCUGUAUUUAGAAUGUUUAAUGUUACAGGGUCAUUUUUUACAAUGCACCUUUUUUUCAUAUAAUUGACAUAUUAAAACCUUUAUCUCUGAUUUUGAGACCUAAAUUCUGACCUGAGAAGCGGUCUGCAAGUAGCAUCCUGUCGAGCUUAGAUGUGCUGUUUUUCCUGCCUGUCUCUUCUCUUUAUUCCCGCUGUCGGCCCUCAUGGCUCUCCCGGGGUCCUGGCGCUUUCAGGUUCUCCGCGCAUUGCUGACUGCUGAAGCCCUCGGCCGGGCUGAGAUGGCAGGUGGGAGCGGGAAGGGCUCCAUCUCCUCCCGCCAGACGUCUCCUCUUUCACUAGUGCUGCAGACAUUGAACAGCUUAAGAAUAAGCUCCUAUGUGAGCCCUCGGAGGCCAGGGAGUAUUGUUGAAUUCAGAAAGGAAUCGCUUUCUUUUAGUGAUAAUUUGAAUAUUUUGACAAUGAAGCUGAGCUACUCCACUGCGUGGUUUGCGUACUUGGUGUCAUGGGCACCCUUCCCAGGAAGCAGAGGAGAGCCCCCACCUCUCUGAAUUCAUAAAUUGGUCUUGUCCAUUGGUGAGAUGGGUAGGAGCAAAAAAGAAUCAUCCAGAAGAAUUCUACUCUCUUGCUUUAAUGUUUUAAAGCCCUUUAAAAAAAAUUAAUACAGGCUUUUGGAGACCACCCAAUUAAACCUCCACAAUAAAUGCUGAGUAUUUUGAGAAGAGAGAUGGACCAUGAAGAUGAUUUGUGAAGUGUUUAUACAUGCAAAGUGAGGAAUAUGUUUAAAGCAAAUUCCCUGGAUGAUUCAGACAAGGAGCCUACUCACCUCCAAAGGUUUUCCUGAACUGUGAUGGGUUAUUUUUAAACUUUAGUUGUCUAACAAUGGCUUAAUUUUUCCAUUUUUAACUUAAAAGUAUGUUCUCAUACAAAAUAAACGGAUGUGGCCUUUUUGAUCAAAUUAAGAGAAGGGAAAACAGACAGGCCACCAGCUCAGUAAAUUGCUUAGGUGAGACCUAAUUGGCUUUGUUUCGCAACAGAUUUACCUUUGUGCCGGUUAAGAAAAUCCUGAAAAGCUUUCCCCCUAAGAGGAUCGAGUGACUGGAAUAGUCUUAGUUGGAAGAAGCCAAGUUUUAUAAUUAACUGGUUCGCAUCCUCAGAGGAACUUCAGAGUGGACUCCAUGACCGCCUCCGAGCUGACGCUUCCUGUCACCCAGUAGACAGUCUGGUGGUCCAGGACAUGCCCCGGCUCUAGUGAUGCAGAUUACCUUUCUGCUCCUGGCAUCUCAUCUGUGCCUCAGCCCUUCUCCCCCCCGCCUGAGACUGCAGAUAAAUUGGGAUGUGGGAAAGCAGGAAGCAAAGCUGGUGGUAACCGAGAGGCCCAUGUCUGGGUAGAACUCGGCCCAGGCGCACGCCGCCGCCUCUCCCCUGGUCUGGAGUGCAGCUGCCACGCUCUGCUGAUGUGCUCAGGACCAGCCUUACAUUUGUGCUUAAAUGGCACAGCAUUUGGUCAGCGCAUCUGAAAAGGAAGGUGUGAGAAGCAAAGCCCAUGGCCACCUUCCCCUGCCAAAUAUGUGGCAAGACAUUUCUCAGCCUGGAGAAGUUCACGAUCCACAGUUAUUCUCACUCCAGGGAGCGACCGUACAAGUGCUUGCAGCCAGACUGUGGCAAGGCCUUCAUUUCCAGAUAUAAGUUAAUGAGGCACAUGGCUACCCACUCACCCCAGAAAUCUCACCAGUGUGCUCACUGUGAGAAGACCUUCAACCGGAAAGACCACCUAAAGAACCACCUCCAGACUCAUGACCCCAACAAAAUGGCCUUUGGGUGUGAGGAGUGUGGGAAGAAGUACAACACCGUGCUGGGCUACAAGAGGCACCUGGCCCUCCAUGCGGCCAGCAGCGGCGACCUGACCUGCGGGGUCUGUGCCCUGGAGCUAGGGAGCACAGAGGUGCUGCUGGACCACCUCAAAGCCCACGCUGAAGAGAAGCCCCCUACUGGAACCAAGGAGAAGAAGCACCAGUGCGACCAUUGCGAGCGCUGCUUCUACACCCGGAAGGACGUGCGGCGCCACCUGGUGGUCCACACAGGCUGCAAGGACUUCCUGUGCCAGUUCUGUGCCCAGAGAUUUGGGCGCAAAGACCACCUCACACGACAUACCAAGAAGACACACUCACAGGAGCUGAUGAAGGAGAGCCUGCGGUCUGGAGACCUUCUGAGCACCUUCCACUCCAUCUCUCCCCAGUUUCAGCUGAAGCCUGACCCGUUGUCUCCUUUCCCUAUAGGAGCUCCUGCACAGAACGGGCUUGCAAGUAGCCUGCCAGCUGAGGUACACAGCCACACCCACAAUCUCUCGGAGCAAACCUCCCAGCCUGUACAACCGCUGCCAGAGCCCCUGCUCCCCCUCCACCCCGUGGCCUCUCCCAGCUCUCCUCCCGCCCCCCUCCAGAAUCACAAGUACAACACCGGUUCUACCUCAUACUCCCCACUUGCAAGCCUGUCCCUCAAAGCAGAUACUAAAGGAUUUUGCAAUAUUAAUUUGCUUGAGGACUUGCCUCUGCAAGAGCCUCAGUCACCUCACAAGCUCAACCCAGGUUUUGAUCUGGCUAAGGGAAGUGCUGGUAAAGUAAACCUGCCCAAGGAGCUACCUGCAGAUGCUGUGAACCUAACAAUACCUGCCUCUUUGGACAUUUCCCCUCUGUUGGGCUUCUGGCAGCUGCCCCCUCCUGCUACCCAAAAUGCCUUUGGGAAUAGCACUCUCACCCUGGGGCCUGGGGAGUCUCUGCCCCAUCGGUUAGGCUGUCUGGGGCAGCAGCAACAAGAUCCCUCACUAGCCAUGAGCACUCUGAGCCUGGGCCAGCUCCCCCUCCCUCCCAUCCCCCAUGUUUUCCCGGCUGGCACUGGUUCGGCUAUCCUGCCUCAUUUCCAUCAUGCAUUCAGAUGACUGGUUUUUGAAGCCUACUUGUCAUAUCCUGAAAGAUGUUUUAAGAAGCAUUUUAAACAUCAGUUAUCAUACAAGGAAAGAUUUGGAAAGCAGGACUGGGAAUAUGACUUAUUCAGUGAUGACUGACUUUAGAUAAGAGAGUUCUCGAACUGCAUGUGUUGUGCCAAUCUGUCCUGAGUGUUCAUGCUUUGUACCAAAUUUGACAAGCAAGUAUUCUUAAUGGAACUGCAACUGUUGUCAUAACCAACAUCCAAACGAGGGCUGCUAUAUCUAGGUGUUCGUCAAAGUGAAUUUAAUCAAUCAAUCAUAAGCCAUGAUCAUAAUAAUGUUAACUCAAUAACUUUGUGUGGCACUGCCUAGUAAGGGACCUACGGAAAGGUGUGGAUUCCUCCGAAAUGGAAGAACUUUUCAAAUAAGAGAAUACCCUUUGUGCCGCAUACUAUAACUAGGCUGUGUAUUUCUUUUCAGGGAUUUUUCUACCUUCAGGGUUGGAUGUAGUUUAGUCACUAUUGCCGUAGCCAACCUGUAGUUUUACAGAAACAAUUUCUUGUGGAAUAAUAGACGUCUCCAUUUUAAAACAGCAUUUUAAAUGUAGUUUGAAUAUUUUCCACAAGAUGCUACAAUGUGAGUUAUUACUUACUUCAUUUAUCUUAAAGACUAAACUGGUUGUCAGUUACAUCUGACAGAAAAAAAAAAAAAUCACUGUGUAACCAGGUUAAGUGGUAAAAUAAUCCAGGCGUCAGUCAAAAAAAGCAUUUUGCUGACUUUAAUACUGAUUAUAUUUUUAACAGGAAUUUAAGAAAAUAUUACUGGAAUUUAAAUAUAUAUAUAUAUUAAAAAAACAAUUUUCUUUGCUCUGUCUGGCUUAAAAUACUACUCUGCUUAAGUAUUAUUUUUAAUCACCAAUAAACGCAUUUAAAAUUCAUCAUUUAAGUCAAUAUUAGUUUUAUUCAAAAAGAUAACAUUUUGCAAUGUAAUUAUACUCUAUCUCUUGAAUUUGAUAUCUAAUGAGUUUUACAAAUAUAAAACCUAACCUUUUUUUAAAGCUUUGUCUUUUGUGUUUAGAGGCUUUCUAUAUGAAGAUAUAUAUCUUACAUAUAAUAAACUCUACAAAUCCUGCA